CAACAACAACAACAACAUCAGCAACAACAACAACAACAACAACAACAACAACAACAACAACAACAUCAGCAACAACAACAACAACAACAACAACAACAGGAAGUGCAACAUCAACAGUGUCAGCAACAAAAGAUGAUUGACUCGUUGCCAGCAAAACAAGAGCAAGAUCAUGACGAAUCUCCGGCGCAGCGGAAGCAGCAGCAACAACAGCAGCAACAGCAGCAGCAGCAACAGCAACAACAACAACAACAACAACAACAACAACAACAACAACAACAACAACAACAACAACAACAGCACCAGCGUGAAGCACUACAGGAGCCUCAUGACAUGCAUUAUCACAUCAUCUCAGCAGGACGCCGCUAUGCACAGGAAAGGCUUCCAGGAGGCGCGCGCCCCGGGGCAACGCUGCCUCUCCCCUUGGGCACACAUCCACUGCUCCACGUUGACAAGUUUAAACCCUCACACGGCCACCACUACCAGGUGUGUGGUAGUAGCAGCGGCGGUAGAAAGGCUCGCUCCUCCUACACUGUCCAGCAGUUGCAGAUUCUCAACCGUCGUUUUCUGAGGAGCAUGUACCUGGCGCAGCACGAACGCUCCGAGCUAGCAGCCAUGGUUGGCCUCUCUGAAACCCAGGUAAAGAUCUGGUUCCAAAACCGUCGAUCGAAAUACAAGAAGCACAUCCGGGCUGGCCACCGUCGUUCCCACCACGCCAAGAGCUCUCCCUCUCAGGGUCCCCCGCGCGUGCACCGCAAGUUGAAAUCGUCCUCGCCGCCCGUUGGGAGUUCCGGGAAAGUGUUGAUGCGAGCCGUCCCUUACCCGGUCCCGGCCCCAUCCUCUUACUACGAUUAUCCUCUCCCGAUGACGGCGGCCAUGUACGGCGGCGUGCCAUUUCCGCUGCCGCAAAUCAGUCCGUCAGUCCUGUUGAGCCAAGGCCCCCGUCCAGUACCUCCUGUUACCUCCGUAGAUUCCACGUCGCUGGCUGGUGCCACUUCUGUCGUCACUGCUGCACCUUCUGUUUCUGACCUGACAGCACACCACAGUUCAGGUACAUGUAUGCCCCAUUUAAGUCAGAAAAAUUAUGUCCUGCAAACCUCAAGAAUUAUGCCCAACACUCAGGGCUUUGAUCAUUAUGGUGAGGGAUUGGCAGCACCCACCGCCACUAAAAGUGUGGACUAUGAUUCCUUUGCUGACAAGACAGACAUGAUGAUAAAAGCAGAGUCUUCACCUCACAAUGUACAAGUAGUGGCCGCAGGCCAUCAUCCACUUGACACACAGCUGUCGUUUACUCAGGCUGACAGCCAGGCAAACCAACAACUUGCAGAGCUGAGUAUGAAAAAGCGCAACGAGGUAUGGAUCACCAAUGCAGCUUUAAAUCACUCUUACUUUCCCGAGCUUCCUCAGACCUGGGCAUCGGGUGUGUGUCAGGCUGGCAGCCAAGUAUUGGGUGGUCCUUCGUAUCGGGAGUCGUGUAUUGACGUAAGGGAAAAGCUUGUCCCUAACCUACACAGCAAAGCGUUCCAGUCCGCAUAUAUUCCCUCGGGCACCUUCAUCUACUCAUCACCCCGGGACAAGAUACCAGCAAGUCAAACUUCACCCGUCCUGGACACCCCAACUACCUCCACCAAAUCCAAAAGUAAUCCCACUACCACCACUUCUUUCUCAUCCCCAUCCUCAGUGAGAUCUUCCCCGUGUCCUACUCCCCCAUUCCCUUCCACCACCUCCACGCCCAACACCUCCAACACUCCAGUCUCCACCACUCUUAUUAACCCCUUGACCCUCUUGGCGGAGACCGAGGAAUGUGACACGGACGGUUUCCCCGCCGUGGACGACACUGAUGAGUCUGAGCUUUCCGCCCUCGACUUGGUGAUGCUGAAUGACCAUCAGGCUGCCAAGAUGGAGCGACCAGGGGUUGAUUGGGAAUAGAUUUUGCUGAUUGUAACAUUACGAAAAGAAUAUUUUUUCUUGAUAUAUACAAACAUGGUAUAUACAUAGGAUUAACCAUUCCUUAAAGAUAUUCUUAUCUUUACCGAAAACUUGUGUUUGUUUGUUUAAGUCGCUAUACGUUUGAACAAAUGAAAGCGUGUGUAACUGGAAAUGUGAUCACACACACACACACACACACACACACACACACACACACACACACACACACACACACACACACACACACACACACACACAGUAUCCAUAUAAUAAGUAAUAAUUCUUUUUUUUCUUCUAAUAUGAAAUAAUCAGAUGCAUAUCUUUUGUCAGUAUUUUGUAUGUUCAAAGUCUGUAGUUACAAACUACUAUGUCUGUUGUGAUUAUUAAUUUCAUACAUGUAGAGAAGAUUGUAAG